GCAGGGGGAGGAAGACGGGGAGGAGGAGCCGUGCGCGGCGGCCGCGGCAGCCGCCGGGGGAGCCGAGUGCCCGGGCGCGGGGAGCGCGGGGAUCCAAGCGAGUGCCCAGCCGGGGCUGCAGGCCGACUGCCGAUUGGCCAACGGCUCGUUUCCACCCUGCCUCGUUGGUGGCCACUGGAGAAGCGCGGGGGGCUCCCCAGACAGCCGUGGGGACAAGUUAGAGCCAGCACUUUGCCCCGGGCCUCGCGUGUAGCUUCCCGUCCCCUGCUCUAGGUGCCCUGGUGUCCGGAGGGGGGUGCGGGUGCGGGGGUGUGCCCUCCGUACAUGUCCCACCACCCGGGCCACCCUCUGGGCUUGUGUUCCAUCUCGCUCUUGCUUCCUGCACGGUGGUCGAGGGGAACCACUUUGCAUCAUGUCCCGGUAUAGCUACCAAAGUCUCCUGGACUGGCUCUAUGGGGGCGUGGACCCCAGCUUUGCAGGCAAUGGGGGCCCCGACUGUGCUGCCUUCCUCUCUUGGCAGCAGCGGCUGCUGGAAAGUGUGGUGGUCCUGACCCUGGCCCUGUUGGAGAUCCUGGUGGCCCUGCGGCACAUCCUGAGGCAGACGAAGGAGGACGGUAGGGGUGGCCGUGGCUGCCAGCCAGAGCAGGUGACCCAGCGGCCAGAGGAAGGCAAAGAGAGCCUGAGCAAGAAUCUGCUCUUAGUAGCCCUGUGCCUGACCUUCGGGGUGGAGGUGGGCUUUAAGUUCGCCACCAAGACCGUCAUCUACCUGCUCAACCCCUGUCACCUGGUCACCAUGAUGCAUAUCUUUCUCCUGGCCUGCCCUCCAUGUCCGGGAGCUGUCGUCGUCUUCAAGCUACAGAUGCACAUGUUGAAUGGAGCUCUUCUUGCCCUGCUGUUUCCUGUGGUAAAUACGCGGCUGCUCCCCUUUGAAUUGGAGAUUUACUACAUUCAGCAUGUUAUGCUCUACGUGGUACCCAUCUACCUGCUCUGGAAAGGAGGUGCUUAUACCCCGGAGCCCCUCAGCAGUUUCCGCUGGGCCCUUCUCUCGACUGGCCUCAUGUUCUUUUAUCACUUCAGCGUCUUGCAGAUCCUGGGCCUGGUCACCGAAGUGAAUUUGAACAACAUGCUGUGUCCGGCCAUCUCAGACCCAUUCUACGGCCCCUGGUAUCGCAUCUGGGCCUCGGGACACCAGACUCUCAUGACCAUGACCCACGGGAAGCUGGUCAUCCUGUUCUCAUACAUGGCUGGGCCCUUGUGUAAAUAUCUGCUGGAUUUGCUCCGGCUUCCAGCCAAGAAAAUAGACUGAAGGUGCUUGUGUUGUUUUGUUUUGUUUUGUUUUGGGGUUUUUUUUUUCUUCUGCCCCUGAGGAAACAAGUCCUGACUCCACUUGGAGGACACCCAGCUCUUGAUGACAUCAUGGGAGAGGGCAGGAGGACGUUUGGUGUGUUUCUUUUUCCUUCCUCUCUGUCCCUUUCUUCCACCACUCUUCCUUCCCCGGCUCUUCCCCCAGGACGGCUCCUGGAGCCUGGGCUGUAGUGCUGCAGCCUGGGCGGUAGUGCUGGAGCCUGGGCGGUAGUGCUGGAGCAUGGGCUGUAGUCCUGGAGCCAGGGCUGUAGUGCUGGAGCCUGGGCGGUAGUGCUGGAGCAUGGGCUGUAGUCCUGGAGCCUGGGCUGUAGUCCUGGAGCCAGGGCUGUAGUGCUGGAGCCUGGGCGGUAGUGCUGGAGCCUGGGCUGUAGUCCUGGAGCCUGGGCGGUAGUCCUGGAGCCUGGGCGGUAGUGCUGGAGCCUGGGCGGUAGUCCUGGAGCCUGGGCGGUAGUGCUGGAGUAUGGGCUGUAGUGCCGAGGGCCGCACGUUUCCUCCUUCCCUUUGCCGCUCUCUCCCUGCUCCUCGUGGCCUUAAAUGGCGAGACAGUAGUCAGUGGCUUUCACUCUGCUAGUUGCUGCUUUAACAACAUCUGGUUGAGGAGAAAGGGAACAACAAGCAGUAGUUCUUUUGGCAUCGAAGCGAUGAGAUUGGGCUGUGUUUCAUUUCUCCACUGCCAGGGACCUCCAGGCUUAUGCUGGGGUCCCCUUUUGUCUCCAGCACAGCCCUCACCAUAAGAGGACUGAGGCCUUGUUUCUAUACCAGCGGCAAGCCGAGAGCCAAGGGAUUUCCCAGCUCAUGGCCAAAAGAGAGCUGGCCAGAUUCUUCCCACUGGUGUCCCAUGACUCAAAGCAAGCGGCCAACCAGCCACUCCCUCCAGGAUGCUGCCAGAGGUGGGAGGUGUGGGGCGCUACCCAGCCCAGGGGCUAGAUUCCACUAUUGCAAUGGCAAAUCCAAAGUGCGCAAGGUUGAAAUGUCCACAGCUAAUGCUAGGCAGGACCUUGGGUAAAUUCUGCUUGAGAGCUGAGAACUGACCCAUAUCCCAAUCAGAAGUGAGCGUAGAAAUGAGUCAAAAGCCGUGGUAACUUGAGAAAACUGUGAUCUGAAUCAUAUGCUUGCUUUUAGUUUAAUGUUGAUAAUAGAUGACGUUUUAAUUUUGAGUGCCCCUUAAAUGUUCUCUCUCUCUCUUUUAAAGGCAGCUUCAGGGAAGGAUGAGCUAGAGUUGGGUUUUCUGGCUCUUGGAGUUCUGUGUAUUCGUCUGUCCAUUUGCUUUUGGAUGUUUGAGUUCGGAGCAUCCUUGAAUCAGGGCCUGUCUCUGGAGGGACACCUGUCGAUCCGUCUCGUGGUUUUGCAGCAUGUCUCGGCAUCCUAGGUUUGGGAACAUACAGAUCCUGCAGUGCUGUUUCCCUCGGGCCAGGUGUCGUCACUGCGGCCAGACUCAGAGAUGAAUUGUUUAGCAUGGGGGUGGGGGGCAUCACAUGCUCCCCAGCCCGAAAGCCCACGUCUGGGUUGAAAGGGAGGUACCAAAAAAUCAGGUCCCCAUGGGUGGAGGUUCAAGUGCUCUGAAAGGGAGACCUUUUGUUGCAAGGCAGCCUCAGUCAUACAUGGACCUCAAGAAGGAGGUGGUACCAUUUGCUGGCUCCCUGUUGGCUCUUACUAAGAAUAGAUUACUUAAUAACAGAAAAGAUAUUUCUGGGACCUCCUCUGAUGAGCCCCCCCACUCCCUCUCCCACUCUAGGCAGCCCAGUUGCCCUGGGCCCAUUCAGUAUUUCAGGUGUUACUGUAUCAGACCUAGAUUGAGUUUCAGGGACUCAGUGGUCAUGAUUUUAGCAAGUGGACCUACAGGAGGCAGCAGGAUGGAGAAGUCUCUCCUAGCAAGGCGAGGCCCAGGGAAGCAACCACGGCGGGGCCCAUCCCUUUGCAGAGGUACGCUGGCAGUGAGGUCAUCAAUCCCCAGGGUGUGGGGUUGCAGGAAGGGGGAACCCGUGAGCUCCUCAAGAUGCAUGACCUUCAUUUUCUGCCAUCUUUGAGGGUUUGGCCGAAUUUUUCUUAGUGCCUCUCAGCCCUGGGUUGCCCUCCGGAAGAGGCAGCUCUUGAGGGGCUGGAUUCGCCCCGCCCACUGGCUGCGUGUAGGCGUGGCUGAUGAGGCAAGACCUCAGUGCCCCUUGGCCUCUUCCUCCGUGUCUCCAUGGCCUGGUGCGGGGUGCUAGUCAGCUCGAGCUUCCCUUGCACUGGCGUGCCUCUCAAAGUUCGCCACGCUGGCUGGCAGCUUUCAGCUGCUUAGAGGGAAAGAAGAAAGUGGAAGCUACGUGCCUGGCUGGGCCAGGUCAGAGGCAGGUGCACCUGUCUGGGGGAAGGGGAUGAGAAGGGGAGAUACAGGGCUUCUGGUUGGCUCGGAAACAUGUAGGGGGAAGGAACAGAGAGCAAGUCCCGUCCCAGGUUGCACAGGGAGUCAUGGCCUGCGUUGGAGGUGUUGGGCAGCAGCGGGCGUCUGAAUUGGUCUCUACCUGACUCUCCUUGGGCCAGGCCCAUGCGGAGAGGUUACCUGGCCAGACCCUCGGCGGCCUGCCUUGGAGGAUGGCCCCUGCAGCAGUGGGCCCGGGCUGCCCGGCACGUCCCCUGUGCUUUCCUGUCGGUGCCAAGGGGCUUCCCCAGCCAUCCUGGCCAAGUUUCCAUGUGCCAUUGGCCAGCAUGUGAGAGCUCCGUGUGUUUGUGGAAGUGGACAGUUUCUUUUAAAGUGGCCCCGGGAAGGCAAAGGAGUGUUCCCUCCAGCCCCCAGGUAGCCUUGGCUAAGGAUUGGCCCAGUGAGAUCAGUGUGUUCAGCUGGCCAACUUGGGACAUCAGCUCAGAAUAACAGAUGGUCAUGCCUGCUUGUGGGCCCCCAUCUCUUCUCCAUUCCCCGUGGUAUUUGCUUCUGUACACCAAAGAUGAUCUGGCCUAUCUUCUUCCCGGAGGCCCAGUGAUGUGUUCCUCUGUCAGCUUGUGAGGAAGCCACGGCUUCUGUCCCCCGAAGUCAACCUUCUCCCUUUCUCCUGGGACUUCUCAGCAUUCACAGAAGCUGCUUGCAGCGUGGCCAGGGCGUGUGGGGCGUCGGGGCCCAGUGUUUAGCGGAGCGGGCACAGCUGCCCACGGAGAGCAGGUUGUCAGCACGUCUCUGCGCGCUGGUGUUAGGGGGAGGCUGGCAGAAGACCCUUCCUCCCCCUCCCUUGGCCAGAAAAAGACUUCCAUGGAUGUGUACGUGUUGAUCCCGAGUCAUCUGAAGGGGAGAUGGGGAGGCGGGCGAGGGGAGAAGAAGGGCCAGUGUGGCCCCUACAAGACAAGACACCGGUGCUGGUUUUGGUAAAUCGGGAGCCAGGCAUAAGGGAGGACGUCUGUCCUGCAGGCCCUCGCAUGCUCCUUGGACUACCGGGAAGGGGCGUCCUCACUGCACACGCUGCCCCGCCCUCUGGGGGGUGGGGGUGGGUAGGGUCCAUGAGAGGGAGCGAACCUUCCUCUUCUGUAUAUAGAGUGAGCCACUUGUGCUCAGGAAAACCUAGUCGCUUGUUGCUGCUCUUGUGACAUUUUUGUACACUGGUUUGCUACUCGUGGCACGAAACAAACACAACAAGAAAAGUCAUUUCAAGCUGAGCUGUGGUUUUGGAAACCUGCUUUCUUUCAGUGUCAGUGUUGUAUUGUAUUUGGAGGAAUUCUUCAUCUCUAUUGGUGUUACUGUGGUAGAGAGAAUAAGAUAGUCCGACUUGUAAUUCUUUCUGCCGGGAAAUUGGCAGUGCCUCUGUCGUCGCCCCGACCCCGGUCCUUCCUCAUUCCCAGGGUGGGAUUGCUAUGCGCUGGGCACACCCCUCCCUGGCCCCCGCCCCCGCAGCGGCUCCCUUUAGAACCGGUCUUUGUGAUUCCCCUAAACAGCUGCAGAAUGAGUAUUUUUGCCAAGCUGGUUCUUGGGUGCUCUGUGCCCCUACCAGUUUGCUUGCCUCUUGGGGCAUUUUGUAAUGUUUUCUCUGUUUUGUAAAACCUUUUGAUUGUACCACAGUGGUUUCUGCAGUCACCUUUGGAAAUAAAUGGUCAUUAAUUUGUGUACUUAGCACUCUGAAUUUUAGUCUGAGGUGUUUCUGUUGUUGAGGAUCCUUGAAUGAAAAGGAACCCUCACCAUGGGACUCACUGUUAAAUGUUUCCUUCAUUUACUGCUAUUAAAAGGUUUAUGAGAA